UCUCACUUCAACGAUUCAACACUAGCCACUCCAUCACCUCCUCCGGCCAGAUUUCUCCAUUUCAUUUCCCUAGGGUUUCUCUGAAACAUUUUCCCGAGAAACAACCAGAAACUACUGACGGACAUGCAAAGCAAAACCUACUCUUCCUGAACAUUGACCUGGAAACUGAAAUCGCAAACCCUAGACAGUUUAGACUUCCAUGACAAGGAAUUGUGUUUUCUUGAAAGAUUGAAGAGGAAAAGGGAGUCUGCUGGUGAUUUGUUUUGGAAGAGACGAGUUAAGAUAGAUGGAGAGAUCCAGAUCUAAGAGAAACUACUAUUAUGACCAGGAGUAUGAGGGGGAUGGCAUGGGAGGGAGGAGUAAUAAGCCACGGUAUAAUAACCACCACUAUGGUGGUGUUAAUAACCACCGCUACCACCGUGGAAGUACCAACAGCAACAGUCGUGCUGCCUCCAAGGCGCAGCAAGAUCCUUCGUCGCUCACGGUCACCACCAGCUACCGCAUUCUCUGCCACGAUAUGAAGGCAGGGGGCGUGAUUGGCAAGUCCGGGAGCAUAAUCAAGUCAAUAAGGCAGCAUACUGGCGCGUGGAUCAACGUCCACGAGUUGCUGCCGGGAGAUGAGGAGCGGAUUAUUGAGAUUUCCGACACGCGCCGCCGUGACCCUGAGGGGAGAAUGCCGGCGUUCUCUCCGGCGCAGGAAGCGCUGUUUCUGAUUCAUGACCGGAUUCUGGAGAGUGAUGGUGGUGGUGUUGAUGGAGGAGAGGAGGAGGAUUAUGGAGGGGUGCGGAGAGGGGGAAACAGGGUUGCGACCAGAUUAGUGGUUUCGAGGAUGCAUGUGGGGUGUUUGUUGGGGAAAGGAGGAAAGAUUAUCGAGCAAAUGAGAAUUGAGACCAAGACUCAGAUUAGGAUUCUUCCUAGAGACCAUAAUCUGCCCCGUUGCGUUUCAAUAUCUGAGGAGAUCGUUCAGGUUGUAGGUGAUAUGAAUAAUGUGAAAAAUGCUAUAGCUAUUAUAUCAUCACGCUUGAGGGAGAGUCAGCAUCGUGACCGCAGUCAUUUCCAUGGACGAUUACAUUCACCAGAAAGGUUUUUUCCUGAUGAUGAUUAUAUGCCACACAUAAGCAAUGGUACACGUCGGUCGGCAAUGGAUGGGGGUGCUUUUGGUUCACGAGGUUACAGAAACAAUAACUAUGCCUCACGCACUUCUAGCUAUACUCAUGAAGUUGGAUCUGCUCCCAUGGCUGAUGGUGCACAGCCUGAUUAUGUUGAGGACCUUGUGUUUCGAAUUCUUUGCCCAAUUGAAAGGAUUGAUAGUGUUGUUGGAGAGUCAGAUGGCAUAGUGGAUUUACUCCAAAAUGAAAUUGGUGUGGAUGUCAAGGUUGCUGAUCUUGUGCCUGGGUCAGAUGAACAAGUAAUAAUAAUUUCUUCUGAGGAGGGUCCUGACGAUGAGUUAUUUCCAGCUCAAGAAGCUCUGUUACACAUCCAAACUCGCAUUGUUGACCUCAUUCCUGAUAAAGAUAACAUCAUAACUACUAGGUUACUUGUUUCAUCUAGUGAAAUUGGAUGCCUAGAGGGAAAAGAUGGAUCAUUAUCUGAUAUGAGAAGAUUAACUGGUGCAAAUGUACAGAUUCUGCCGAGGGAAGAAUUUCCUCCAUGCGUAUCAGGAACUGAUGAGAUUGUACAGAUUGUGGGUGAGAUAAAGGCAGCUCGAGAUGCACUUGUUGAGGUGACUUCAAGAUUGCGCAGUUACUUAUAUAGUGAGUUCUUUCAAAGGGACACACCUACACCUAUCUCUGCACCAGCUCCUGUUGGGAAUACUACAGGAAUGGAGACUGCUUCUCCUAGUAGCCUAACUCCAGCUCGUGAUAGUCAAGUGGGUAGUGAACCUCCUACAGCUACUCAUCAAAAUGUGCAAAUUGUGGCUACAUUGCAGCCUUCAAAGGACGUGGUGGGCUCCACUGCUGAAUCACUGAAGCAGAAUGAAAGUGAUCGCCGUGACGAUGUACCCAGUACAAUCAACAGAAUUCCUGUACCCCUUGUAACUAGAAGUACCCUUGAAGUUGUCCUACCGGAAUAUGCAGUUCCAAAGCUCGUGACUAAGUCAAGAAACAAACUAGCACAGAUCAGUGAGUUUUCUGGUGCCAACAUAACCCUGCUAGAUGAUAGACCAGAGGUUACGCCAAAGAUCAUUCAAAUAUCAGGCACUCCAGAGCAGGCUGAGAGAGCCCAGAGCUUGCUUCAAGGCUUCAUCUUGAGCACACAAGAAGAUGAACCUUAGUUUACCGAGAGUUAGGAAGACCGAAAUCCAGAGUGUUGUCUGCUGGAAAGGUAUUAACAAAUUUUCUGCUAUACAAAAUCUCAUUAUCCGGAGUACAAGGGCCAUUGUGCUUCUUGCUGUUUGUUUGUAUGUCUUUUAACUUUGCCGCUUUUCUAGAAUAUGACUGUUUAAAGGAAUGAACUGUGCUGUAAAUGUAAUCUAGGAAGCUCUUAUCUGAGUUUCCCUGCCAUGCUUCAAUUUUCGUGUAUGAAGAAAUACAGCGGGUUGAAAUGUUAUCCAUUUUCUUUCCUAUUGUCUCUCUUGGAAGUUGGAUCUAUCACCCACUUCAGUACUU